GUGGAGGCGGAGCGGGAGGCGGUGGCUGGUGGCCGCCGUGUUGGUUUUGGGUGGUGGUUUUGUUGCUCGGCCGUGGGGGCCGGGCGGAAUCACGAAGGGCCAUGGCUGCGCCGGAUUCGGGAAGAAGCUAGGACUUGAGGGUGAGAACAAGAUGGAAGAGGGGACCAAGAGGACUUGAACUUCAUGUGUCACAUUCUGAUUUAUUAAAAGGAAAUUUGAUGAAAAAAUGUUAAAUUUAUAAAAUCCAUGCUCCCUCUGACCUUUGAGGAUGUUGCCAUUUACUUCUCGGAGCAAGAAUGGCAGAGACUAGAGGCCUGGCAGAAGGAGCUUUACAAGCAUGUGAUGAGAGCCAUUUAUGAGAUCCUGGCUUCCCUAGAUGGCGGACUUCCCAAACCAGAACUGAUAUCCCGGAUUGAACAGGGGACAGAGCUCUUCAGGAAGUUAGGAGAACCACAGAAAUCAGGAACCAUAACUUGCAACCCUGCUGAUCUGCAUUUUGGCGCAGUUGUUGAGGGGCAGCAGUUCUGGGGAUCAGGAAGCCAGCAGGCCAGGAGUCCCAGAGAACCCGAACGCCACUUGCAGGUGCAGCCUCUUGAGAGCCCCCGUUGCUCUGAACCCUUAUCGGGAAGAAGCAAAGGCAUUUCCUUCAGACCCGACCAAGGUGUUGCCCUCGUGAAGCCAGACAGACGCAAUCCACGGGCUCUGCUCCCAGCAGUCCACCACUCCAGGGAGCUCCCACAAAGAGAUGGAAUCUUGAACCCCACAGCUCGGGGUCCCCCAGACCCCCAGGAAGCGCCCUCCAGGGAGGGCACCCCGCCCCCCCAGCCUGUCUGCAGGGAAAGCUUUUGGAAGAAGAACCCCUUAGAGAAGCACCACAGAAGCCGCUCAAGGGACCAGCUGUGUGGGGCCUGGGAGAAGCCGGGCAGACCAGCUGAUCCACAGCAUCCGUGUAGCACCCCUCGGGGACAGAGGCGCUCCAGAUGUCACGAAUGUGGAAGGAGCUUCCGCCUGAAGCAGGAUUUGCUGGGACAUCUGCCCGCACACGCGGGGAGGAGCCCACUGCUGAGUCCUGCCCAGUUCUCCAGGUGCGACAAGUGCUUCCUCCUGAACAACAGCACGCAGGGCCCCCAGGGCCAGGACAGCAGGGCAGAGCCAGGCUCCCACAGAGAGGGCGCUGGGGCCUUCGAGCCCAGCAGUGAUCACUCUGGAGAGGGGCCAGGCCCCUGUCCGGCUCGUGAGGAGCACUGCCACCUGACGGAGGGCAUGGAGGUCGUCCUGCAGCACUGCCCCUCCAGGGAGAAGCCACUCUCUUGCACAGAAUGCGACAAGGGAUCCUCUGCCAGGGCCGCGCUUGCCAGCCAUGUCCGGGUGCACACAGGAGGAAAGCCCUUCCCGUGCUUGGAGAGUGACAAGAGCUUCCGCCUGAGUGGCCUGCUGAAGGCCCACCAGCGUGGGCACAGUGGGGAGACACCCUUCUCCUGCGGGAAGUGUGGCAAGGGCUUCAGCAAGCAGUGUGAGCUCGCCGAGCACACCCAGGUGCACAGCGGGGAGAAGCCCUUCUGGUGUGGCGAGUGUGGCCGGGACUUCUGCCAGAGGAGACAGUUGGUGAGGCACCAGCGGCUGCACAGCGACGCGAAGCCCUUCCAGUGCCCGGAGUGCGAGCGGAGCUUCCGUCUGAAGAGCUUGCUGAAAGUCCACCGGCUGCAACACAGCGGGGAGAGGCCGUUCUCCUGUGCGGAGUGUGGCAAGGGCUUCACCCACCAGUGCAAGCUCCGGGAGCACCUGCGUGUCCACAGCGGGGAGAGGCCCUUCCAGUGCCCCCAGUGCGACAAGAGCUUCCGCCUGAAGGGCAUCCUGAAGGCCCACCAGCGCACCCACAGCGCGGAGAGGCCGUUCCCCUGUGCGGAGUGUGGCAAGGGCUUCACCAGGCAGUCCAAGCUCGUGGAGCACAUGCGGACACACACGGGGGAGAAGCCCUUUCAGUGUCCCAAGUGCGACAAGAGUUUCCGCUUGAAGGCACAGCUGCUCAGCCACCAAGGCCUGCACACAGGGGAGAGACCUUUCCACUGCCCCGAGUGUGACAAAAACUUCCGGGAAAGGGGACACAUGCUGAGGCACCAGCGCAUACACAGGCCCGAGAGGCCCUUUGCCUGUGGCUACUGCGGGAAGGGCUUCAUCUAUAAGUCGAGGUUGGCUGAGCACGUCCGGGUGCACACAGGAUCCUACCGGGCCCCGAGUGGCCCGGACAUUCAGAGGCGGGUCAGCCAGCUGUUCGCCAUGAUGGAGGCCGACUGGAGCUGAGAUGCUGCAGGUCCGAAGCCACCAGUGGGUGGCGAGAGCCUGGGGGUCGCCAUGGCCCAGCCCCUGCUGCACAGGUUUUAAGCAACGGGGCCCUGUUCUGAGCCAGAAUGGAACAUGUUGGCCCCGUGAGAAACCACAAAGGGUUUCCCUUUUUAAAUCAUCACAGUUACAUUUGCUGCCUGUGGAUAAAAGGACCUGUUUGUUCUUCCUGCCGCCUUAACUGGUAAUUUCCCCCUAAAUGCUUAGCUAGCUCUGAAAUCUGGAGCUCGAAUUUAAACCAGAAAACCAUCCAGCGGCGGCUGCUACCUGUCAACUCCCCUUCUCUCUUUUCACGGUACGAUCCCAAACUGGGGGUUAAGUCCAGUGAAUUUGGUUGCAGGCCUAAUAGGGCAUUAGAUUUGGGGUAGACUGAUUUAUUUGGAAAUGGAUGAUAAUAGAAGGAGUUCUCCGAAGCACAGUAUAUGUGAGUGCUGAAGUUUCCACAGCAGAUUCCAUCGUGACCAUGACUCUUCCCCCAUGGAAGAGCUGCUGAUUUCAGCAAAAUGUUGGCUACUCUGAGUUGCAGACACACAAAACUGAAGGUGCCGAGAUGUGUGGGACUAGAAUUCAGAGAAGAGUUUGGGAGAGGAGGUGCUGAUUCGGGAGUUCCGGAGCAGAGACGCUCCUUGAAGUGGAGUGAGUGGACGAGUUUACAUCCGUGGACCGAGCGGCUUAGCAGGCAGCAAAGCCAAGUCCAGGUGAAACAGCCAGGAAGAACAGCCUCGUGUGGGGCGUUUUCAAGCAAAUGUUGUAAGCAUACACGAUACAAGUGGAAAUCCAGGAAAAUGCUGCAUUUGGUAGGUGAGGGUUCUGUGAGCACAGAAUGUUUAUGCUAUAGGGAGAGGGCUGUAUUUCACACACAAUUCCUGCCUUUCAGAGAGUUCACGUUUCAUGUCAUAGAGUGGCUGACCUGAAAUUCUAAGGGAUGGCAGAAAAUGAGACUCAGGAAAGUGUAAUAGACAUUACUAUGAAAACUAUAUCAAAGAUGAUUUUCUGUGGAACACUAGCUUCAAAUGUUAUAUAUGUAAUAUCCACUGUUGCCCAGGGGAUUCAGCGCUGGCCUGUGAACCAAACUUUUCACCGAAAAAUGGAGGUCGCUGGUUCAAGUCUCAGUUGGGGCAUAUGCCUGACUUGCAGGCCAGGUCCCCAGUAGGGGGCGUGUGAGAGGCAACCACCCAUUGAUGUUUCUCUCCCUCUCUGUCUCCCUCCUUUCCCCUUUCUUCUGAAAAUAAAAUCUUAAAAGGUUCUUUAAA